AGAAGAGUAAACGGAACUGCUGCACUGAACAAUAACUGCGACUGGAUUGUAUAAAAACAAAACGUUCACCAAGCUGUUGUUGUUCUAUUCUAACUUUUCUAUACUAUUCGUCAACAAUCAGAAUAUCUACAUGUUUUUGUUUGUUGUCAUCGUCGACUUUAGAUGUAGUUGCUGUCUCCGCCUUGAUUUGUGACUUUAUAUCAAUGUAGUGUUAUCGGACGGACCGAUAUUUUUUGUUCAGGUGGGCGACCACUACCCCCUUUUCGGUUGUUUACUUUCUGGUUGACUUCACAUCACCCGCUGUGUAUGAGUAACUUUGUCUUUACUAAUUCUAUGUGACAUUUUGACGCUAUUCUAGCUACUACUAUGGCCGAGGCAGCCCAACAACCACAACAGGUUGAGAUCGACCCGGAUUUCGAGCCUCUUUCCCGGCCCCGCUCCUGCACAUGGCCCUUGCCACGUCCGGAGUUCAUCACCCCGGGCGACUCCAACACCUCCUCUCCCGCCCCUUCUGUCAAACAAGAACCCAGCAGCAACUCCGACUUCAUCUCCAGCCUCAGUUUAUUAGAAGAGACUGAAGAUUACCCCGAAGAGGAUCAGAAACCCAUCAUCCUCUGCAAUGAUUUCCAAUGUCAAGAAAACUGCAUCCACGACCACCAACAGCAUCAACAGCAGCACCCGGGGAACAGCUCCCAACUCCCGCAUCAACAGGUGCUUCUGCUCUCCUCUCCGGCCGGGUCUGCAUCUUCAGUAGCGGCUGCGGCCGCUGCAGCUGCCCAGAGGAAAAGCAGUUCAUCUCGGCGUAACGCCUGGGGCAAUAUGUCUUAUGCAGACCUCAUAACGAAGGCUAUUGAGAGCACCCCGGACAAGAGACUUACCUUGUCGCAGAUCUAUGACUGGAUGGUGAAGAACGUGCCUUAUUUCAAGGACAAGGGAGAUAGCAACAGCUCUGCUGGAUGGAAGGUAAAGCUUUUCAAUACAGUACAUUACAUCUGAUGAGAUUUGAGUUAUGAUUUAAGAGCUAUACAUUUUGUUUUGAUAAGGAUAUAGAGAAUUGCCUAUAUAUAUAUCAAAGUUGACGCUGGUCAUCAUUUUUAAAAUGAUACUAUUGUAACGACCCUGGGUUUAUAACCACAUAUAUCGACUCUGCGGCUUGAGCAUGCUUUUGCGGGGCAGUCGACAACGCGCUGGACUUCGGGCUAGACGGUCGAGGGUUCAAGACCUGCUCCCUGCCUGUUUCAUUCCAAUAUGAACCCAUGUUAUCACAUGUUAAUAACACACGUAACUAAGUAAGGCCAGGUGAGGGUGACUUGCUGCUUUCCAGAAUAUGUUUAUUGUAGGAUUGGGUAUUAUAGACAUUGUAAAAGUGCUAUCUCUUGAGGUUCAGUUGUUAAUUUCUAUCCUAAUAGCAUCAUGCUACGUAUCAGAGGAGACAUGAUGUUCUGGUCUUGUGCACCCAAAUCAAUCAGUCACUUUAUGUCCAUUCAUUGUGUGUCCUGUAGAAACCUUUGGCUACCAAUUGUAACCCAGUCAGCACAUGGCCACACACACACACACACACGCACACACACACACACACACACACACACACACACACACACACACACACACACACACACACACACACACACACACACACACACACACACACACACACACACACACACACACACACACACACACACACACACACACACACACGGCCUCAACAGGAUUCUUGUCCAACUCCGGCUGCCUCCUCCUAAUACCCUCCUCCUCUCCCCUCCCAGUAAUGCUAAUAUCCAAAUAAGUUAACAUACUGCACUAUAGCUAU